AUGGAGCAAAGAUGACCCCUUAUGUCCCGUCGAACAAUUUUGCGCUGAGUAUAACGAAUGGAAAAUGACCACGCCCGUCAUGCGACACCGUAGAGAUGCAGGAGUGUGUGCUGUCGGCAGGUUUAUCUACAUGGUCGGCGGUGCCGACGAGAUUACUUGUAUUAGCAGCAUGGAGAGGUAUGACCCUGGUCAAAGCGGGUGGAAUGGUGAGUUGCCAUCACUCUCCUCUCCAAGAAGUAGAGUGUGUGUUUGUGAGAUGGACGGAUGCCUCGUCUGCAUUGGAGGCUUUGACGGGCACACGUACCUCAAUUCAGUAGAGAGGUAUGAUCCCUCCCGUAACGCCUGGUCUAAGUUGGCACCCUUGCAGCACAAGAGGGCUGGGGCUUCCGCUGUGGUCAUGAAUGGACAGCUUUACGUCAUAGGGGGAACAGAUGGGAACACCAUCCUUGAUUCAGUGGAGCGGUUCAGCCCAACAGACGGGUGCUGGGCUCCGUGCCCGCCACUCCGGACCCCGCGUGAGGGCGCUGGCAGCACCGUGUUUCUGGGUCGGAUCUACGUGGCGGGCGGCCGGGAUGACAUGGGCCUGCCCCUUAAAACAGCGGAGAAGUAUGACUCUGAUGCCCUCCGCUGGACCCCUGUCAAGCCUAUGAAUAACAAGAGAUACCAAGUGUCAUUGCUGGUGUUCAAUGAUCUGUUGCUUGCUGUUGGAGGAUCUGAUGGAGUCUCGAAUCACAAGACUAUGGAGGCCUAUGAGCAUGAAAACAACUGCUGGAGGCACUUUGGAAGCAUGAAGUCCAAGCAUCCGGGUGGGCAUGUUGCUGUUCUGAAGGCCAGUUAGGCAAACUGGACCAUUUUUGGUCUUUGAGAC